AUGGUCAUACUGAGGUUGUUGAAACAACUCCUCAAACAGCAUGCAGACGUUAAUAUUCAGAACAAAAAUGGAUGGACUUCCCUAAUGAUAGCUUGUCAAAAUGGUCAUACUAAAAUUGUUGAACAACUACUCAAAGAGCAUGCAAAUGUUAAUAUUCAGAACAAAGAAGAACUACUAGACUCAUGUGUUAAAGGAGAUUUAGCUACAGUCAUAAUGAAAUCAUUAGAUAUGGAUGCUCUCAUACAAGCUGGAGCUGAUGUCAAUAAACAAGAAAGUCAUUUAGGGUUAACUCCUUUGUCCUUUGCUAUAAGUGGUAGUAAAUCAUUUUCAAUAACAGAGUCACUCUUAAUGUAUGGUGCUCAUCCUAAUGUCAUUGCUGACAAUAGUACACCAUUAGAUAUAGCUAUCGUCAUUAAUGAGAAAGCCUUAGUGGUUGAACAACUACUUAAAGAGGAUGCAGACAUUAAUAUUCAGAACAAAAAAGGAGUAACUGCCCUAAUGAUAGCUAGUGCAAAUGGUCACACACAAGUUAUUGAACUAUUAGCUAAAGUACUUGAGACAUUGAUGUUCGAAUGA